AUGGACGCCGGGAUGCAGAGCGUCACUACCUUACCUACAUGGAUCCGCUUGCCGUCGGCAUCGCUCCUGCCGCCAAAGGUAUCGCUGUCGUUGCAACAUCUUGAUUUUUGGGACCAGUUCGGCUUGAUAGUCCUGCUGGCGCUUCUCUACACCUUCUUCCCAGGCUCAGGUCCCGAAAAAGGAUGGUUCGACAUCAUUUGGGGCGCCAAUGAAGAGGGCAACAUACAGAAGGAGAAUAGCAGAAACAUUGUUAAGGUCCUUGACAAAACGGGCUCCGAUGUUGUUGUGUUCUUCGGAUCGCAAAGUGGAAGAAGCGAGCGUCUCGCUAACAGCCUGUCUCGCGAUCUCACCACCAGAUACAAAGUCAAAGCCUUUGUGGCGGACCUAGAUGAUUUCGACCACAACUACCUGGAGACUUUUCCAGGUUCAAAGCUCGCCAUCUUCGUUCUCGCAACCUUCGGCGAGGGCGACCCUACCGAUAACGCAAUCGGAUUCCUUGAAGUGGUCUCACGCUGGACUCGUGACAGAGUGGAUGCCAAACAAGGACGUCUACGCAAUCUGAAGUAUUGUGCCUUUGGUUUGGGUAACAGCAGCUACAAAUAUUACAACAAGUGCGUUGAUGUGGUCGAUGCAGGACUCUCCCUGAUGGGAGCGACAAGACUUGGGCCUGUUGGAAAAGGAGAUGAGGCACGAGGCACUGUUGCUACCGACGAGGAUUUCAUGGAGUGGUCGGACAACAUCCUUACUAUGAUUGCACAGCAAUACAAUUGGACCGAGGCGGAAUCCAGGUACGAGCCGGAGAUCUUGAUUGAAAGUACAACAGUCGAUUUUGCCAAGGUCUACUUAGGGGAGAGGAGUAGCGCUCAGCUCGAAGGAACGACAAGUGCUAUCAUCAACCAUCGAAAUCCAUACAGCUGUCCGGUUGCUCAAAGUAAAGAACUCUACACAGAUCCCAGCCGCAAUUGCUUGCAUAUGGAGUUCGACCUUUCAGGCGUGCCGGAGCUGAAGUAUCAAUCAGGCGACCAUCUGGCCAUCUGGCCUGCAAAUCCCGAGAACGAGGUCAAUAAGAUAAUGGACCUUCUGGGGCUGGACGAAAACUCCCGGAAAGAACCUGUUGUGGUUCGGCUCAGAGACGAUAUCGAUUCGGAACACGUUAAGAUUCCUCUCCCCUCGCCAACAACGCGCGAGAGUAUUUUCAAAUACUACUUGGAAAUUUGCGGUCCUGUGUCGUCCGAUUUGCUGAAGAAGCUUCUCCAUUAUGCGCCAACAGACAGGGCGAAGGCAGCCCUGUCAACGUUGAUCGAAUCUCGUGAGACUUUCCAUCAGCUUGUGACCUUGCGAUGCUGGAACAUCGCAAGGGUCAUGGAAUUUGCGGAUCCAGAAGCCAGAUGGCAGGUACCGAUCGGAUUUUUCGUUGAGCGCCUUGGGCGUCUUCAAGCACGGUACUAUUCAAUUGCGUCUUCCCCGGCCAUCGAGCCACGGAAACCUGCCAUCACCGCAGUCGUUACCACUAAAGCACUUCCUGCCUGCUCCUCUUCGGGAAUUAUAGCCGACAAAAUGCACGGCGUGGCAUCAAACUACCUACUAGCUCUCAAGCACGGCAUUAAUCAAGAAGGUCAGUCAUCCAAUGGUUUGACUUACGAUCUAGAUGGUCCACGGGGCAAGCUUGCUGGGGGAAAGGUCUUCCUUCACAUCCGCCAUUCAACCUUCAAGUUGCCAGCCAACAACAGAACUCCUAUUAUCAUGGUAGCAGCUGGCACAGGCAUUGCUCCCUUCCGUGGGUUUGUCCAGGAGCGAGUUCGAAUUGCUACGGCCGGUCAAGAGGUUGGGCCCAUGCUCUUAUUGUUCGGUUGUCGCUCUCCUGAGCACGAUUACUUGUAUUCCCAAGAAUGGGAAAAGACUGAGGAAAUGCUGGGCAAAGACAGGUUCCGCAUUAUUACAGCAUUCUCACGACAACAAGAGAAGAGGGUCUACGUGCAAAAUAAGCUGGAAGAAUAUGGUGAACUCGUAGCGAAGAUGCUGGACGAUGGUGCAUACUUUUAUGUCUGCGGCUCGACUGACAUGGCGCGAGGUGUACGUGAGGCGCUGGUGAAGGUCAUGAUGCAAGCAAAAGGCUAUGAUGAGAAGGCAGCGGACAAUCAUGUAAGAUACGAGCUGAAGCAGGCACGGCGGUUACAGGAGGAUGUCUGGUCCACAUGA